AUGUAUAUCCGAUUCCUCGAAAUAUCUUCAAAAGAUUUUCAUAGUAUUAUUUGGCCUUUUAAGAAAGUGUUACCUCAAGCACUCUUUGAAGAUAUUGUUUCAUUUCAUAUGUCUAAUACUGAGCCCAAGCAAAAUAAAUUAAUUCCUCGUAAACCAAAACAUGCGGCUAUCAUCGUUAACUGGAUUCAAAGAAAAGAUUCUAAUGCGGGAAUUUUAACGGAUUGUAAAUAUAAUCUUAAUCUUAUUUAUCGUAGAAGCAGAGAUGGCUAUGGUUUAUAUAAUAUACGUAGAAUUUGUGAUAGACAAGGUGCUUGUAUUUUGAUUAUUAAAACCAAAGAAAAUGAAACCAUAAUAGGUGGAUAUAAUCCUAUUGGCGAUGGAAAAGAUUUAUCAAGUAUUAUUAUUAGUCGAGUUACAAAUAGUAAUAAUGCAAUAUAUGAAUCGAGUUUUAUACCCUUAAAUUUUGGUAAUAGUGAUUUGGUAAUCAAAAAUGAUUUUGGCACAUGUAAUCAAGCCCAAUAUGAAAGUAAUAUUUUAGAUAAUGAUAAUUUUACUAUUGAGGAAAUGGAGAUUUUUAGUUUCAAUAAAUCAUGA